UCGUCGCCGUCCAACAGCCUGCUGACCACCGUGGAAGAACUAGAAAAAGUAGUUUACGAGGGACAGGCCCAUCGUUCUCUUUACCUCCAAACACCAACCAGAGUGAAAAAGAUCGAAGGCAUCAUCAAACUUGCCGCUCAGCAUGGUAACCGACAAUUUCUUCUCCAAGCACUUGGGCAUGGGUUGAGCACUACCAUCAACAUAGUGAAAAGCAGGCACGUUUUCGGCCUGAGUUUGAGUCGUAAAAAGCGAUGUGCAAAAUGCGACAAAGCAAUUGAGACAAUGAUGCAAUCAAUCAAAGCGGAAAUCGGAAAGGAUAAAUUUGAAAGAUUUAUUGGCAAACAAAAUGGCAACAAGGCUACCCUCAUGUUUGCAGUGGAUGACACGGGAAGUAUGUAUCAAGAAAUUCAAGCAGUCAAGGAUAUCACAACUUACAUCGUGAAAGAGCCAAGGUCAAAUUUAGAAGUGGAUUAUAUUUUGUCACCUUUCAACGACCCAGGUACAUGAAUUCUUAGUUAUAAUAGACAGUUCUCUCGUUUCUUCUAGGCAAACUUUUUCCUCCGCUUCUGGUUUUUAUCAUCAAAUCUGUCAGGGGGAGGGGGGGGGGGAAGCUAAUGAAAUUUUUAACACCCCCUUUAGGUAUCAAAACUUUAGAAGUAUCGAGACGUUGUUUGAGCUAGCUCAGAACAAACUAUCGUAAUUAUUUUGGUUGUAUGGUUCAACUACCUGUCUAAAACGGUCAAACAUUACUUAAUAAUGUGACCAUAAGAUUUUUGAUUGGUCGCUCCCGCAAGAAAGAAUGACCCCUCUUCCGUUAUAUUAGAAUUCUUUUCUUCUCAAAACAAAGUGGUAUCUCUUGUCCUGGGACAUAUUAAAAAUUAUAGGGAUGCUCAAAUGCAAUUUUCUGCGUUCAUUCUCAAGUACAAAGACAAACAGUUAAUCCAGUUUUAACCGGUUCUAAAGAUUGUCCGAUACAUGAAUCAGUUUUUCAGCCAUACAAAAGUAAUCCACAGCGAGUAGAAAUUCUCCUAGACGGAAGGUUUGGCUGUAAUUUCCAAUAAUUAGAUGGGGUAGAGUUGUUUUGUCUACAAAAUAACAUUGGGGAUCUGGGAGCAUGCUACAUCGGAAAAACUUGAAUUUUCUGAAUGUCAGAAACCAUUUUUGGCGUUUUGGUUGAAUGUUUGAAGAUGACGACACUGCAAAACCUAAAGGCAUUAUUUUAAUGACCCCCUAAGGCACCGGUCAUUAUUUAUCGCCGGGGGGAGGAUUUUUGUUAGGACACGGGAGCACUUACUUGAACCCCCCUUAAAGCAUACAGAGUGGUCUUGAUCCCCGCACAUUGGCGGUGGAGGAUUUCAUGUCCCCCCCUCCCUCUUUUAUAUUAGCCAGCACAAAUUGCCAGUGUUACUAUAUGCAAGCGAGUGACAUCUAUAUUAUAUUAAUACUUUCGUUUCGUGAACCUUGAACAACAACUUCAGAUAUUUGGUCAUCUGAUAUGAACUGAAUUGUCUGAGAAGGGUUACUCUUCUCAUCCAAAUCUUUGAAAACAAAGUCAUUGUCACUCGAGAUCGUCCUCCUCACUGUCGAAUUCUUCUUCAUAUUCUUCAUCCCCUGAUUCCCCGUGACCUUCAUCUCUGGAACCAUACGCUCUGUGUUCGCAGACUCUUUGAUGUGUUGGUAAUAAUGACAUCGAAUAGCUUUUACUUUGUCAAGCUUCCGACCAAUAGUGGUCAGUCCGUGUUCUUUCAGGUAGAAGUCAAGUUCUUUUACCUUUAACUUUUCGAUCUUGCCACUAGUCAAUAAGGGUGUCCCAUUUGAAGUUCUUGUAUGUCCGUUCCGUCUCUUGCCUCUUUCGUUUCUCAGCUUCUCUUGUUCUAAUGUCUUUUCUGAUAUCAAUAUCUUUAAGAUGAUUAAGAUAUGUAACAACAUGCUUCUCAUCAACAUUAAUUAUAACAUAACAAAAAUAAAUCGCGCGCUUUGAUUGGUCAGUUAGCCACCACCAUUUGCUCGUGGUGCACGCCAAGAAACUGAGCUAGCGCGGUAAAAUUUAGGCAAAUUCAACAAAUCUCCUCUCCUAACGGUAAAAUACACUGAUGAAAUGCACAGAAGAAAAGUGGAAGUUAAAGAAAAUACUAAGCUGUCGUUUUGAAGGAAAAAAGACAAAAGAUCAAGCGACAAAUUUGCCCUGGAUGAAUUAAUCACUUUCUUUCUCACGGCUAGAAUCGGCUGAAGGAUAAUCGAGCGAGCGAAGAUUUAAGGUACAUUUUGUGUGUUUUUUAUAGAAGAGAAAGUCUGUUUGAAAUGUAAAUUUAUCAAUUAGCAUUUUGUUAUUGACUUUUUGGUCAACCUGAUGUUAAAUUCAAGCAAAUGUUUUAGGAAACACGCUCAAAUUCGAGACAGCUUUGUUGUGAAGUUUUCAUCGCAUCGAUUAAAAACAUUACGCUGGAAUCCUGGGUACUCCCAUACAUUACCUAUACGGGUAUGCGCCGCCCAACGGGGUCGUGAUUUUGAAGCUCCUGAUUUAGUACGGGGUAUCCAUUUCCGAGGCGUUUACUACAACGGGGUAUAAAAAAAUUGUGGAUCACGGCUUUAUCUUCUGCUUAAAAUUGUUGCUGAUAUGAAGAAGCAUCUAUUUGAUGUAUAAGUCGAACAAAUAAUCUUUUUUAAAAAAAAAAAACAGAGCUAUUUCAAUUUACAAACUUUUUAAAACGGAGUAUAAAAAAUUGGCCCAUUUCUAGAACGGGGUAUCAAUUUUAGGGGAAAUUCUUUUUAGGACGGGGUGCCAAUUUGGAGUCCCGGGCGGCACAUACCCACCCAAAAAAUACCCAAGUACCCUCCCCCCCUCGGGGCUGGAAUAAGCGAAUUUCACUUGAACACAGAAACAUUUGGGUUUUCCAAUAAUUUUUUCAAAAAAUAACUUGUGUGUGUAUUAUUUUGUUCCUCAGUGUUCAUUCAUAACAGUCGUUGAGAGAACGGUCGAAAAACAGCAGCUUCAGCGGCGAAUUUCAGUUGCAACUUUGACUUUCAUAGCUGGAUUUCCCCAGACAGAUUUCGAUACAAAGCUAGUUAAUUUCUUUUUAAAAUUAACGUUACUUCUUAUUCUAAAGGAAUUACAGUAAAAUUUUCUCAUUUCUACUUUUACUUUUAUUUCAAAAAUAGUCACAUAAAUAAGCUUGAUAAUUAUUUCAUUUAUUUAGUUUAAGCUUAUUUUUUAGAGUCUUUUUAGUUGGUGUUCAUAGUUGCAGCUAUAGUUUUCCCGCAAAGUUUUUACCGUAAUAUUAAGAGCAAGUAGACAGAUGCCAUUCAGAAUAACAACGAAAAACGUUUUGCAAUUUACCUGAAGACGGAGAACGGUUGAUUCAGAAAAAGAAAAACUCAAAGGGGAGGACAGAUGGCAGCAUACAUGAACUCGGACCGAUGACUCAACCGAAGGCAAAUGGAAAAUAAUGUUUUUCUCUUUUGAUUAUGUUAUAAAAGAAAUGAUAAACGUUGCACUUGGAAGGUUUGCUAAGCACUCAAGAAGCUAGAGUCGCACGAGGCGGACGCUUCUUUCGUGCUUAGCAACCUCCCUCGUGCAUCCAUAACUCCAUGGUUGCACGCUGAACGAUACCAUUUCUUAAAUUUUGAACAGAAACUCUUGACAGUAUCUCCAUCGUUUAUGACACUGACGGAAGGUUCCUCAUACAAGUCGAUCCCUUAAACAAUUUCUCGGGCGACGAUGUCCUGCCUGUCGAUUCCGUCUGAUAGACAUCCAUGAAAUGUCCCCUAUUGUUGGGGUCUGGUACAGCUUGCGGAAUUCUUUCUGCCUCUGGUCUCACCCAUCUGUUGUUAGAACACCAAGAACAGAGUUUGGAGGCCUCCUCUUUGAAGACAUCACAACAGAAUUACAUAAAGAACUCUCCACGGUUGUAGUGGUCUUCCAAAAAACAAGUGCGAUCUUUCUUAUGCUACACUAGGGAAUUCCAUUUUGUUUCUUCCUAAUGCGCUUCGAUAUCUAUCAAGAUGACCAGAAUUGAAAAAGAACAGUUCCUCAGGAGGCUCACUCACUUUACUCUUAAUGCAGUAUUUAAGAACAGGGGCGUCGUCGAUCCUCUCGGCAAACUGACUGCAAACGUACCAGGCAUUUUUCUCCAUCCGCUUGUUUUCGUAUCCUUCAUAUGAAUGAAGUGACAUUCUCUUGAUUUCCUCUUCUGAGAGAUCUUCAAAUCUCCUAUACUUUUCCCACUCUAGAGUUGCGCCAUCCACAAGAGCAUCAGAAAUAGCGGAGUUUGUCGGUUCGGCUUCACCUUGCCCGCUGUCGCCCCUCGAAAGAUGGCAUCGCACACGGUAAUCGGAGUUGUGAAUCCUUGCUAACUCAGCGUCUCGAAACCUGACUUCGUAGUUCGAAACCCCAAACCCGGGACCCGCAUCUGUAAGGUCUGCCCAUCUUGGCUUUACACGUUGAAGGUAGAGAUCACAAAGAACAUCGAGCAUCACGUUAAUGCAUAAGCACAACCACUGACUAUUUCAUUACUAACAUUAGUUUAUGGCUGAACAAGAUCAUCAAAAAGGUAUUAAAUUGAUCCCACCGCUUGAAAUAAUUUUCUCCUUUUUUCCCCUAGUCCUCCCUUAGUACCUGUCAAUUAGGGCUGAUCACCCCUCUGUUCUCUUGAAAACCGUGUGAUCCCCCCCCCAAUCCAGGCGGCAAAUACUGACAGGUCCCUAAACACCGCCCUCUCCCAAAAUCCCAUCGGUCCCUCCCACCUGAUAAAGAAAGAACGGUGUCUAGAGGAGAAACGUUUUAUACCAUAAAGAAGUUUGAUUUUAUCUUUUUUAAAACUCUUUAGAACGUGACAGUAGAGCCAUAAAGAAAGAACCUGGCAAAGAAGACGAAUUUAUUGACCAAAUUAAAACUCUUAGACCCUAUGGUGGAGGAGACUGUGAGGAGAUGGCCUUCACUGGAAUUCUGGAAGCCCUGAAGAAACAACCUGUGGUUAAAUCACCCCUGUACGUUUUCACAGAUGCACCACCAAAGGACCUGGAUUUGGCGAACGACGCAUUAAUAAAGGCAAUAGUUACGGGAGUUCAUGUUUACUUUUUUCUUACAAAAGACUGUGGUACUGAAGCGGCUUAUAAGCCGUUCGAGAAGUUGGCCAGGAAAACUUGUGGUCAGGUUUUCCACCUUCCAAAAUCUCAGUCCGAGAUCGCCAAGUUAAAGAAUUUUGCAAAGGAGCUUCUUGAUGAGACAGAAUGUAUGAAAGGUGGUGAAAUACCGGGGCAGCCACCGAUACGUAAGAAGAAACGGAGUGUUGCCGUCAAGGAAUACAAGUUGAUGGUUGACGACACAAUGGAAAAAAUCAUUAUCUCGAUCUCUAGUGAGAACAGCUCUCCAAAAAUAACACUCAGAGAUCCUCUGGGAAAUUCUGUUGGAAAGACAACGGUGUCUAAAGUGACAAUAUUCCAGGAGGCUAACCCAAAGCCUGGACUUUGGACGCUUACUGUGCCACCUGACGCUGGAAAACACACAUACCUGUUCAAGGGAACCAGCAAGACCAACAUGGCCUUCAAUUUCAUCUUUGUCAUGCCUCGUCUUCAAGGAACUCCUAUACCAAUAUCAAAUCCCCUUACUGGUGAGAAUUCAUUACUAUUAUUAUCAUUAUCUUUAUCAUUUUCAUUAUCAUUACUAUUAUCAUUAUUAUUGUUGUUAUUAUUUUUAUUAUUAUUAUUAUUAUUAUUAUUACUAUUAUUAGCGGAGCUCUCGCACGCGCGAAGCGCGCUCGCAGCGGAGCACCAUGGGUAAGAAAAUUUGGUAAACUAUCCAUCCAAGAAAAUUUGGUUAUGACGUAGCGUACACCCGCCCAACCAAACACACACUUCAUGUAAGCCGAUGUCAAAUGUCACAAUGGAUCUUGCACAACUUGAUUAGGCUUUCAGUUAUGUAAGCCAUCCGUAUGAGUACGAUUAGAUUGACAGCUGUCAAAAUCAGACAUCCGCUGACAAUUAUCACAUGACCAUCUCGCGGGCUCAGAUGAAAGACCAGUCGUUUUGCCCCUACAUAUAAGCUGAUAUAAUAGGGAACUUAAGAUGGAGACGUUUUCGGGGCGACGGCGACCGGACUGGCAGAGAAAGCCUGGAACUGAGGCAGCCGUCGCCUCCCGUCAAAAUUCGAAAAUUAAGAUCGCAGAUAGUGAACUCAGAAGGACGGCGGCUUAGAAGAAUACCGAAGAGGAAAAUAUGGCUUCACAUAAAGAAGUAAGAGAAUAAAUAUUUGCUAUGCAGACAACAUGUAUCGGAUGAAGAGUUUCUCGUUUUGUGGGAAAAUUAUGAGUCCAAAAAUCCCGAUUUUCCUUGGGACAGUUAUGAUCCGUUCACGCUAAAAAACAUGCGGGAUGAAGCUGAGUGCAAGGCAGAAUUUCGUGUUGAAAAAAAAAAAAAAGAUCUCCACAGGCUUGCCGAAGCCUUGCAAAUUCCAGGAACAUUAAAAUGCUACCAAGGAACCGUAUUCUUAGUUUGGUAUUGAAAUAAUUCCCGGGAAAUACUUGCAUGCAACAACAACAACGACGACAACAACUUUAAUAUUUCAGUAUUCCCACGUUAGUACAUGGUAUUACCUACUAUUCUAUAUAAUUUUCAAUGCGUUUCAUUUAUACGAAACUCUAACGAAAAGAGUGAACUAAAAAUACACAAUUAAAAUAUCGGAGUUCAUAUUUUUUGUCUGGAUACUUUUAUUUGGCUCGUAGGACAAUUUUGUCCAUGUCAAGCUCACUUACGGUUGGCUGUUUGCCAAGUUGGAUCUUGACCCUCUGACAUGAAAACAUAGAAACAUUCAAAGAUGUAAGUUUAGAUAACAGAGCUUGGAAAUCGAGCUUGAAAUGCGCCUCAAAGAAAACAAGAACAAUUUAAGAACGAUAAUCUGCAACAUUUUGGUUGCUAAACGCAACAAACCUGAUUGAAAUGAAAGUUAAAUACUCACGUUUUCGCCACAACGCCAAACAGACCAGUUUCACGUCGCCGACGGGACCACGACGGCAAGGUGGUGAGCACGAGCAUGCGCAAUAUCCAACAAAUGAUGAUGUCACGUCCGGUUGAAGUUGCCGUCGCCCUGAAAACGUCUCUAUCUUAAGUUCCCUAAUAUGUCACAAUUACCAAUUCAACAUGAAAAAGAAACUACGCCGGGCAAGGCUGUCAGUUGGCUGACAGUCGUUUAAAGUUAUAUUGGCAAGCCAAAUUAAGGUCAAUUGACAGCUGUCAAAAUGGGAUAUGUGCAGACCACUAUAAGAAAACUAAUAACGUGGGCUCAGGUUCGCUCAGGUACAAUCUGGCAUUUUCCACUACAUGCCGGACGGAUAUGUCUUAUUCACACUCGUAGUCUGUUAAUUCGAAUAUUCGCCAUUCUAAUGAAAGUUAAUUGACAGCUGUCAAACUAGAGUAUACGCUGACCAUCAUCACCUGAGUGUAUCGCAGGUUCAUUUUUCUAUCCAUUGAGGUCACGUAGUGUUUACAGUUUUGCGCUGAUAUUUUAUUUGAUUACGGGUUCAAUUCGAAGCCCCAUAGCUUAGAAAAUCUAUCCAUCCUAGAAAAUUCGGCAAUCACGUGACUGUACACCGACCACCCGACCUUCCGUCCCUCCGCACCACAGGCAUACCAAUGUUUAAUCUCACACUUUCUAGCUAGUUUGGGAGCCUGCAACCUAAUAUUGUACAUCCAUAUUUUGAUUAAUUGACAGCUGUCAAUAUGGUGUUUCUGCUGACCAGUAUCGCCUGACCGUAUUGCGGGCUCAGGUAUCAACCCACUGCCAGUUCGAGUGUUUUUUUGAAAGUAUCCGCUGACAAGUUGCUACUUUACAAAUGACCGCAGGCUCAAGCUCAAUUUUUUAAACAGCAUAUGAAAUAAGUCGUGUUCAUGAGCCGCACUUUUAAAAUUUUGAUUUCGAACUGGCCUCGGACGCGAAAAUUCAACCGGCUUUUACAUUUACAUGCAGGGAACGCAAUCGCUUUUAACUUUUUUCACUGUCACGCGUUGAUCACGCUCUACGUCCAAUUUUUAUGUUCUGAUUGGUCAAAAUUUGACAGGUGAGUUCAUGCGGAAAAUUUAUGCAGCGUCUGGAAACUUGUUUACUGAAAGCUGGAGCUGACAGAGUUUUGUGUCAUCUUGUGAUGUUUUAAACUGUCUUUUUCUACUUGGUGUACAAAAUGAAAUACAGCUGCUAUCAAGAUUGUUCUGUAAUUCGAUCAUGGCUGGUUUGUUUAUUGCGCUUUUUGUUGACAAAUGCACUGCUUGUCAAAGUCAUUGGAAAUCCGAUUUCGGAUUAAGACCGGAGUUGAAAAGUGUCAAGCGAUUCUGGAACAUUUGAUGACCUUCAGAAGCAGCAUCUCCACUGGUAAGCCUGAGUAAUUAUCGUCUUCGGUGUGGUUUUUUUUUCGGUUUCCUGAAGUCGAGCGUAUGGUUUAUGCUGCUUAAGUAUAUACAGGAGCAAUUAUCUAACCUACAAUAGCAUCAGGUUUAAAAAGCCUUUAGACAUUUUUUGACCGCAAAUUCAAAGAAAAGGUUCCGAAGAUUAUUUAGUUAUGAUUUUGGCUGUAAACAGAAAGCUCCGAGCGACUUCCUUGCCUCGAGUUCAUCUUGAAAAAGAGCAAACACCGGGAAGCCGGCUUAAAACAUAAAUAAGCUUAUGGUUACCUGACUCAUGAUUUUCAGAGACACUUUACUCGCAAUACUUCUCUUCGUGAAUGAAAAUUAGUGUCUCUGUACAUGUUUCACUGAAUUUAUAUUUAUUUUAUUGAUUGUUGGUAGUCCCUCUCGCAAUUUUUAUCGCUGCACCGGUUGUUUCCAGUCGAACCGAUAAACAUUGCGUGCAGGAAUGCUCAAAACGCCCCGGGUAAAUAUCACUCGCUUUUAAAAGAUUACACAUAACAAAACCAUACACAGUUUAAUAGUAAAGGGAAAUAAAAUCUAAACAUAACAAUUUCUCUAUCAUGUUGAAGCGUAAAUGGUAACUCUAUUAAUCGCGCUGCAAAUUUGGUGCCUGUCAAAAGUGAGAGCCCGUUCGGCUAGCCGAAAAGUGAAUUUGGGAAUUUUUUUUUUAUCGUUUUCACUAAAAGCCCAUAAUUAUUACCCUGCAUAUCACAUAGGACCAGAUUUUUCUGACUGAAACGUCCCGGCAUUAUGGAAUUCUCUUUAUGAAAACGUUUUAUAAUUCAAUGCUAUAAUGUGUUGUGCAAAGGAAGCGCGUGCUUUGAUCGUCGUGGAUAUUGAAUGAGUGCAAAUUGUUUCAAUUGUGAAAAACGGCAGAAUUAUAGGUUUAAAUAGGGCAAAAAAAAAAAACAAAUUCUGUCCGAGGUCUGUAUGAUAAAAAAGGGCCUCACAGUAUUGUUUACCUGAGAAGUGAUGAGAAAAAGUAUGUUUAAAAGGCUGGUUUACACGCCACCAUAUUCGUCGCCAAGAUUUACUUGUAAACUAAACUUGUCGAACACAAAAAAUCCGGCCUGACUUUUUAUUUUGGCCUCUCUUUUAGACAGAGGAAUGCAACGUGUAAAUUGGCUGCCACCAAGGACUAUCGUGGGGCGUGUGUUUCUUAGCAUUUAUUUUUCGGGGCUGUUCAAUUAUCCAUAGUCUCUCUAACGGAGCAAUGUUGGAACGACUGCGAAUGCCACAUUAUAUAUGAUGCGACAGCUAAUGCAAAUACAAUACACGAAUAGGUCUAUUUGUUUUCCAGGCCUAAUCUACUGUGAUCGAACAUGAUUGCUAAUUUAGGGUGUACAAAUAAGACUAAUAACUAGAAGUAAAAUUUGUUUCACUCUUGGACUGUCAAAUUAUUCUUCUCUAAAAUCACUUAGCCUUUGCCUCAAAAGUCACAUGAAUGUGAACUGAUCUCUGGAUUACAAGUUUAUUGUUUGAUUUAAAUUAUGAUUUAUUAACGGGAGCUUCGCUUUUAGCCCUGGCUAAAUCUAUAUAUUAUUAUUAUAGCCAUCUAUAACAGGCCAAUAUUAGAGCUUAAAGUCCCUUGCAUUUGUAAGCUUGUUGCAAGCUUGUUGCGUUCGACUCAACACCUAUUCUUCGCAACACUUCUUCUUCUGCAUUCUGCAGUUAUUGGCUAUCCUGUGGUACUACGGAGUGAUAUUUAAUUAACAAUUCUACUUUUUUGACGUUAGUCUACCAUUUACACGCCAUCUUGAAUUACGACAUAGGCAGACUAUAGUCACGUUCUAGGUUAUGUAAAAAAGCUCACAUGUAGCAAGAUUAUGUUCCUUCCUUUCUGCCAAAACAAUAGCUCCAAACAUAUUCCUUAAUCAAGACUUUUAGUAACUAACAUAUUCAUUAACCCUGAAAUUAGUUAAUGAUUCCACAGUUUUGGUCGAAAACGAUUGGUUUAGAGCUCUUAUUUAUGGGAGUGAUGUGGACAGUUGUUUAAUAAGACUUGACGUUUCUUCCUCAUUCCUAAUAUAUUUAGGAAGAUACGCGCAUGUCAUCUUGAUAGUAAGACAGGCCGAUAAGAUACAGUCGUCAUCUCUGUUCCUUAACAUCCUGAAGGAAGAUGGAAGCGUCCUUCGCUCAGCGUCUGUCAGACCAGCUGGAACAAGUGGAGAACAUUUCUUGGCCACCUUUGCUACUCCAUCGGCCCCAUUCAAGCUACAACUAAGAGGCAGGACCAAGAAAAACUUUAAGUUUGAACGCAAUUCCGAAACCACAGUCCAACCUAGCAAUGUUAUGGUCAAAGCCCUCUACUCAGGUAGUGAAUUCACAGUUCCCAAAUACAACAAUGAAUCCAUCAUGUUUUUUGUCUACAACACUGGACCCACUGAGAUUUUUGAUGUUUCAGUUGAAGGUACGUCAAUGCUCAAUGCUCACUACAGACGUCCACUCCUCAUUUACCAAGACCGUCUGGCCAUCAUCAACGUGUAUUUUACCGCAUCACCUUUAGCUGUUCCAGGAACGGCAGAAAGCGUGAUAGUCACUGUAACUGGUCGAACCUUGAAAGCCAUAUCCAGGACCGUUGUGACUUUGAUGGUUUCCUAA